AUGAAUAUCGACGGAUACGCUCUGGUAACCGGCGCAGGGAGCGGUAUUGGAAAAGCAUGUGCUCUUGCAUUCGCAAAGGAGGGCGCUGCUGGAGUUGUCUUCGUGGAUCUUAACCUGCGUUUCGCCGAAGAGGCUGCGGCUGAAAGCCGUGAGCUGGCCACUCAUCCGAAGUACAAGGCUCUGGCGCUAUCUGCAGAUGUAACAAGCGAGACGCAGGUAGACUCGACCGUCGCGGCGACAAUCCAGGAAUUUGGUCAAAUCAACUAUGCCGUUAAUUCUGCAGGAAUCGGUGUGCAAGAUCCAGCAGAAAUCGCAGAUGCGUCUGUUUCGGAAUUUGCUCGUUUUCUCAAUGUCAACGUCAUGGGAACCUUUCUGGUCACGAGAGCCGUCUCUAAAGUGAUGAAGGACCAGAAUCCGACCCUCGUUAACGAACAGAAUCCAGAACGAGGGUCCUGGCGCGGUGUCAUCAUCAACCUGGCUUCGUGCGCGUCCUUUGUCGCAACACCGCUACUCACCCAGUAUACGACCUCUAAACAUGCGGUUUUAGGUUUGACUCGGAAUGCGGCUCUCGAUAACGCUCGCUACGGAAUCAGAGUCAAUUGCAUUAGUCCUUCGUGGGUUGGAACCCCGAUGGUCGACCGAGCAAUCGAAGGAAUUCCUGAUUUGGAGAGAUUGAUGGCGGAUGCAGUGCCAAUGGGACGCAUUGCGCACGUGGAUGAGAUAGCAGAUAUAAUCCUAUUCUUAAGCAGCCCGAAAGCGAGCUAUGUCACCGGAAGCAAUUGGAUUGUGGAUGGUGGAACUACUUUGACGGCUCAUGUAACUUCGCAGCUUAGCAAGAGUCACGGUACAAAGAUGGCCACCACCGCCGGAAUCGACUUCAUCACCGACGGCUUCCCAGCCCCUGGUCUCCGUCCCAUCCAGCGCCACAUAACCGGCUACAACAAGGACGGAAAGGGUCAUUUCCUUGUGACAGACACUGGUGACCACCACCGAGUCAUGGGCCAAAACCAGGCUGUUGCCAACAUCUUGUAUUCCACAUUCGAGAAUCCAGUCGACCUCAACGAUGAGAGAGAUAUCAAAUACGCCCGGGAAAAUGAACCCGGUCUACAUAUCCACAAUGGUACCUUGGUACGGAUGAUCGACUUUGGACCUGGUGUGGAGUCUCCCAUGCACAGAGCGCUCUCUAUUGACUACGGUAUUGUGCUGGAGGGUGAAUUUGAGCUCACUCUUGACUCAGGGGAAUCGCGUAUCAUGAAGAGGGGAGAUCUCAGUGUCCAGCGUGCGACAGCCCACAAGUGGAAGAAUAUUACUGGGAAUGGUACAGAGCCUGGUCGUAUGAUGUAUAUUCUCUUGGACUGCAAAGAGCUUGUUGUCAAUGGAGAAAAGGUCGAGGGAUAUCUUGGGGAGCUUGAGAAGGAGUAUGAAGGCAGAGGCGCUUGA